AUGAAGUUUGUCGAAAUAAACGGCCAAUGGACGCUUUCAUUCCGUGACGAACAGCAAAAAUUGGACAGCGAAGCUGAUGCUGAAGAAAUGGCGAAGGUUAUAAAGAAUGCUGAUGUCGUAGAAGUUCUGGAACUUCGGGGUAAUACUGUAGGCGUUGGAGCCGGGCAGCGACUUGCACAUGCACUAGAAUUUCAUCCAGAAUUGAAGCGAGCAUUAUGGAGUGAUAUGUUUACUGGACGACUGAAAGAAGAAAUUCCUCCAAUUCUGCGUUCUCUGUGUGGUGCUAUGAUUAAGUGUGGGACGCGAUUAGUCGAAUUAGAUCUUUCGGACAAUGCAUUCGGUCCAAUCGGUGCAGAAGGACUUGAGGACUUCCUUGAAAGUUCUUCGGCAUAUUCGUUAAAAGUGUUGAAAUUGAAUAACAAUGGCUUAGGCGCUGGAGGGAAGAUUAUUGCAAAAGCACUUAUACAAUGCCAUGCAAAUGCAGAAAGAGAUGGACAAAAUUUUCAGCUGAAGACUUUUAUUGCUGGUAGGAAUCGUUUGGAGGACCCCGGAGCCUUUGCUCUAGCAAAAGCUUUCCAAGUUUUGGGCUCUUUGGAAGAGAUAACAAUGUAUCAAGAUGGCAUAAGAGCUAAAGGAAUUGAAGCUCUUUCAGAUUCAUUUCGUUACAAUCCUAAUUUAAAGAUAAUAAAUCUUAGUGAUAACACGUUUACAGUAACGGGAGCUCGUGCAAUGGCGAAGGUAAUUCAAGAUUUGAUGAAUCUUGAAGUUUUGAAUUUUGGAGAUUGUUUGUGCCGAGACAAAGGUGCUUUAGCUAUAAUUGGAAAUAUUUCGAUGUCAUUUCACUCGAAUUUGAAGGAAAUCAAUUUAUCGGGGAAUGAACUGAGUCCACGCGCGAUCGAGACAAUCCUCGAUAGAGUCAACCAAGGAUUGCAUUUGAAAUCACUCGUGUUGCAUACAAACAAUAUGGGAGUUCAGUUUGAUGAAGUUAAAUCGAAAUGUGACAAAUAUAGUUUUAUUGAUUUAGGUGAAGAGAGUGAUGAUCAAGGGAGAUUGGAUGAAGAGGAGGAAGAUAAUGACGACUCUCAGGAACUUUAUUCGGAAGAAAGCCACUCCAGUGAAUUGAACAAUGAAGAUAAUAAACAAGUAGAAGAUAGUAACGGUGCACAUAAUACUUUUGUUUCAUUCUUUUUUUCUUCAAAUAUGUUUUUGAUAUUUUCGAGAAAUGCGGAAGAGUUGCAGAUGUCAGCUCCCUUCGUUCUAAUCAUUCUUUUUGUACAAAGUAUUACAUUCGACAGGUCUUUGGAACUUGACAGCUAUCAGACAGUAAUUUCAUUUAGAAAUCAACAGUGGAAUUCUGAAGAGGAUGCUGAAGCCGUAAGCCAGGCAUUAUUGUCGCAGAAGUUUGUGAAGGUAUUGGAUUUGCGUAGAAAUCAUAUAGGCGUUGGCGCAUGCAGAAUGAUUGCAGAGGUUCUGCGAGAACGCAUGAAAAGGAAUAUGCAGAGCUUAGAAGAAGUGAACCUAAGCGAAAAUGGUAUCACUGCUGAAGGUAUGUUAGAACUCGUUCAUGCAUUCAAAAGCAAUUCAAAGUUGAAAAUCAUCAUUCUCAGUGGAAAUACAUUAAAAGUUGCCGGUGCCGUUGCUGUCGCUGAGGUGUUAUCUUCAUUACACUUACUUGAAGUUCUGGAUCUCAGUUUUUGCACUUGCUAUGAAGACGGAAUUCUGGCAGUGGCAGCAAAUUUAAGCUCGUCUAUACAUCUACGUCUGAGGGUUUUGGAUUUCUCGUCGAACGCUUUAGGAGCGGAUGCAGUACAGCAGAUUGUACGUGUUUUUGCAAGCGGUGGAUUUCAUUUGGAGCGUCUUUCAUUGCAUUCUAACAAUAUCGGACAUCGUUUCGGUGAAUUGAAAGAAGAAUUUUCCUACAUCCGGUUCCUGGAUUUGGGAAGCGAAAGCGAUGAUCAAGGCUCUUUGAUGGAGGAAAUAUCUGCCAACUAUGGACUGAAACGAGAAUCGUGGAAUAAGGAUGAUGAUCAAUAUAUCAGAGCUCUUGAUAAUGAUACAAUUUUGUUCAUAACAAAGCCGUCAGUCGCAAUGCUGGACGUUUUAUUGUCACAUAUGAAGAAUGUCAUCGAAACACUACUCAAUGAUUUAUAUGGGAGGACUCAGGAAAUGACAGCAGCUUUAUUGUGUGCUUGUUGCACAUUGCUUUCUGUGGAAACGUUUAAUAAGCAAGUAUUGAAAGAGAAAAUCGUAACAUUGACAGAUACGAUCUUAACUGCAGCGAAUAAAGUCGAACGUCGACCGGUUUCGGCGACGGAAUCAAUAUGUAAUCAGCUAUUGGCAUUCGCAGGUGCUGUUCGGUCGGAAAGCCCUCAAUCAGUGGCUGAUAUCAGCAGUGUGAUUUUUUUACUAGAAUCAAUGAUAAAGCGCGGACACUUUCGAGAUUUGCAUCGAACCAUUGCUUUUUCAUUCAACGCGAUAAAACAAACCUGUCCGGAUCGAAGUGUUGAAAUUGACCGAUUAAUGCAGGUCUUGAAAUUCGAGUAA